AUGUCCCGUGUUUCUGUUGAGCAAUCUUUCUCCUACCAGUCACUUUUUGAGGUGGUGAGACAGGAAGAUUUUUUGGCAAUAUUUGAGAAUGCUGCUCUAGACUUGCAAAUAUUAAUUUACGCUAUCAGUAAGGAUUUACAUCGAAGGUUCGAGAGUGUGGUUUUCAUGAGUUGGCUGUUGCAAUGCAACCGUUUCCCUUACAACGAACAGAUCACAAACGAAUGGUUUCCAUAUCAUAUUCUUGGCGAAUCAGGACAAAAUGUGAUAAAUACUUUAAACGUGAGCCUGAAUGAAGAAGAAAGGAAAGAUUGGCAAAAUGGCAAAACAUCGUGGAGGAAAAAGCUGGACUUCCAAACUUUGACGGUACACCGUUUUUUCAUGGUACUAACCACGAAUCUGCGCUCAGCAUCUUGCAGGAGGGAAUCGAUAUCACUCACGGCGGACAACGACUCGACUUCAGUGAUGGGGAAGGAUUUUAUAUCACGAACGAUUUCUCUGAAAGUAUUCAAUAUGCUGAAUUUGCUAGAUCUCGCGGUUCUGCGAACCACGCUAAUUUGGGAGCAGCAGUUCUAA